ACCCUAGAUGAUAGAGGAAGACAGAAUUCUAGAAAUGUUGGUAAUAGGAAAUAUGGCAGCUGGCAGUGUAGCUCAGUUGGCCGAGUGUGCACAGGGCUCCGGGUCCGCUUCUCCAUACCACGUAAACUCAGGCACGGUGUCACGUCACUAUAAUCCCAGCAUUGGGAACUUGGAAAGUAGAAGCAGGAGGAUCAGAAGUUUAAAGUCAUACUUGUCAUCCUCGACGACACAGAAGUUCAGAGUCGGCCUAGAAUACAUGAUGCCCUGUCUCAAAAAGAAAGAAGAAUAGGAAGAAGGAGGAGGAGGAAGAGGAAGAGGAGGAGGAAGAAGAAGAGGAGGAGGAAGAAGAAGAAGAAGAAGAGGAGGAGGAGGAGGAGGAGGAGGAGGAGGAGAGGCCAGAGCCCAUUUGUAGGCAACACAGCGGAGACUGGGGUCCUACUCCUAGAAUGGAGGGGCCAUCAUGGCCAUGAAGGGAAAGAAGUGUGUGGCCAUUGCUGCAGACAGGUGUUUCGGGAUCCAGGCCCAAAUGGUGACCACCACAGACUUCCAGAAGAUCCUUCCCAUGAGUGACAGGCUCUACAUAGGCCUGGUCGGCCUGGCCACUGAUGUCCAGACAGUUGCCCAGCGUCUCAAGUUCUGACUGAACCUGUAUGAGCUGAAGGAAGGAUGGCAGAUCAAACCUUACACCCUCAUGAGCACCGUGGCCAACCUCUUGUAUGAGACAUGGUUUGGUCCCUACUACACAGAGCCUGUCAUUGCUGCCUUGGACCCCAAGACCUUUAAACCCUUCAUUUACUCUCUGGACCUCAUUGGCUGUCCCAUGGUGAGUGUUGACUUUGUAGUCAGUGGCACCUGCUCCAAGCAAAUGUAUGGGAUGUGCGAGUCUCUCUGGGAGCCCAACGUGGAUCUAGAACACCUGUUUGAAACCAUUUCUCAGGCCAUGCUGAAUGCUGUGGACCCAGAUGCCAUAUCAGGCAUGGGAGUCAUUGUCCAUAUCAUUGAAAAAGACAAGAUCACUACCAGGACGCUGAAGGCCAGGAUGGACUAACCUCCUGUGCUCUGGUCCUGUCUCCCUUUUGUUGUUUUUCUUUUUAAUAAAAUCGCCUUUCUUUAAAAAAAAAAAAA